AUGCAGCGAAUGCAUGAUCAGAUUGAGAAUGAUAACUUAGAGAGAGAACAAAGAAGUCAAAUUCCCUUACCCCCACCUCCCCCAGGCCGUAGGCCUAUACUUAUUCCCUCAUUUCGAAUACAGAAAGGGAGUGAUAGUACAAAUCCGGUUGAUGGUAAGAGGAGGAAGGUGACUGUGAAUUCUCCUUUGGAGAGAGCAUUUCAGAAUAAUGCUAGACAUGAAUUGGAUAGUAGAAUUAUUAUAAUGUUUUACACCGGUGGGCUUUUGUUUAACUUUGCAAGGAACCCAUAUUAUCGUAGUUCCUAUUCAUAUGCUGCUACCUAUAGCAUUCAAGAUUAUGUUCCUCCUGGAUAUAAUGCCUUGAGAACAACACUUUUGCAAAGAAAAAGAGCUCAUGUUGAAAGACUUUUAAAACCAAUUAAGGACUUUUGGCUUGAAAAUGGAGUAACUAUAGUUUUUGAUGGAUGGUCAGAUCUACAAAGGAGGCCUCUUAUUAAUAUUAUGGCUAUAUCAGAUGGGGGUCCAAUGUUUAUAAAGGCAAUUGAUGGGUCAGGUGAGUUCAAAGACAAACAUUAUAUUACUAGGGUAUUGAAGGAUGCUAUAAAAGAGAUUGGACAUAAAAAAGUUGUCCAAGUCAUCAUUGAUAAUGUUAGUGUGAUGAAGUUUGCUGGAGCUCUUAUUGAAGCAAAAAAGACUGAAAAGAAUGAAGUUACAUAUGAAGAAUGUAGUUGGAUUACAUGUAUUGCUGAUGAUGCAUCCUUCAUACGUGUUUUUAUCAUGAACCAUUCAAUGAGGUUGGAUGAUGUUGGAAAAGCUCAAAAGGUGAAAGAUAAGAUUCUAAGUGAUCGUUGGUGGGAUAUUGUAAAUUAUAUCCUUGAAUUCACAGCACCUAUUUAUGAUAUGCUACGAGGAGCCGACACAGAUAAGCCUUGUCUUCAUUUUGUAUAUGAGAUGUGGGAUUCAAUGAUAGAAAAGAUGAUGGCAGCAAUAUAUCGGCACGAAGGCUUGGAAGAUGAUGAGUAUAGCUUAUUUUGGGGUGUGGUAUAUGAUAUACUCAUUAAUCGAUGGACUAAAAAUUGUACACCACUACAUUGCUUGGCUCAUUCUUUAAAUCCUAAGUAA